AUGAAGUUCACUGCUCUACUUUCCGCUACCGUGCUCCUCUUUGCCGGUGCAAUUGCCUAUCCCCAGGUUGGCGAGUCUCCACCACCAGACUGCAAACCGGUUCCCCUUGACCUCUGCCAUUCCAGGGACAUUGGGGAGGACUCCCAUCUUGCCCGUAGACAGGGAGACCCGACCCACGAGCCAGUCCGUCCAGGCCUUUACUGCGGUCUUUGCCCUCACCUCACCGGCCGUGGUGUCGUUUACCGCAACGGCUACUACAUUGAUGACGGCGGCCGAUGCUGUGACAUUGGUGCCUCUCAUGUUUGCGACGAGAGCCCAAACAGCCGCCAAUGCCCUUUUGGCGGUAUCGACCACUAG